AUGGCCUCAGCAGCGUACCUCGAGACGGACGAGAACCUGGAGGCCCUCAUCAGCCGCAUCGAGCAGAAGUCCCGCAAGAUCGAGACCCUCCUCAAGCAGUCCAAGCCGGUGGAGGCCCUCAAGACGGCGCUCGAGGGGUCGCCCCUCAAGACCCGCGACGAGCGAUGCAAGUCGGCGAACUGGAUCGUGGUGCACCGCGCCAUGAUGGCGAUCAGGGACAUCGGCGGCAUGUUCAACUCACUGGACACCGAGUACUACGACAUCCUCAUGAAGUACCUGUACAGAGGUUUGUCCACUGGCGACCGGCCGACGUGCGACCAGUGCCUCAAAAUCCAUGAGAAGCUGACGGAGAGAGCUGGCUUAGGAUGCAUACUGCGGUCACUCGCCGACACUGUAAACACCGUGUGAACCUCCUUCGUCUUCAUUAAGUUCCUAUGCUGUGAAGAUCCCGUCAGGUCGAAUUAGUUCUAUGGACUUUAUAAAUGCAGAAGGUGAUUGUUGACCUCUUCUCUUUGCUGUUUGGCAGCUUCAUGGAUACUCUCUCUGUAAACUAAUAUAAAAGCGUUUAGAUCAUUAAAAUACGAAGGGAGUAGAUAAGAGCAUUGUUGUAUUGUGCCAUGCUUAGUGCUAGUUUGCUUAAUUGCAUCUUGAUUACAAGAUACGAAUUUCGGAUCCUUUUUC